AUGGCGAACGUUUACUUCCCAUAUUCCAAGGCGCCCUUGCGCACCAUCAAGGAAAUCCAGUUUGGUCUCUUCUCACCGGAGGAGAUUAAACGGAUGAGCGUGGUUCAUGUCGAAUACCCGGAGACGAUGGAUGAACAACGUCAACGUCCGCGCACAAAGGGCCUCAACGACCCCCGCCUCGGGACGAUCGACCGGCAAUGGAAUUGCGAGACCUGUGAGGAAGGUCAAAAGGAAUGCCCCGGACAUUUUGGACAUAUUGAGCUGGCGACUCCCGUUUAUCAUAUCGGUUUCUUGACCAAGAUCAAGAAGCUCCUCGAGACGGUCUGCCACAACUGUGGCAAGAUCAAGGCCAAUACGUCCGAUCCUAAAUUUCUAGAAGCCCUGCGCAUGAGGGACCCGAAGAGACGAUUCGAUCACAUCUGGCGCCUCUCCAAAGAUGUGCUGAUUUGCGAAGCCGACCCCCCUCCGGAUGAUGAGGAUCCUUUCUCGAAAGAGAACUCCAAGCCUUCGCGCAUGCAUGGUGGCUGUGGUAACGCGCAGCCCACCAUUCGCAAGGAAGGUAUUACGCUCGUCGGUACAUGGAAGCCCAAUAAGAUGAUGGACGAGAUGGAUAUGCAACAGCCCGAGAAGAAGACCCUCACCCCUCAAAUGGCUCUGAAUGUCUUCCGCAGCAUCUCCCACGAAGAUGUUCGCAUCAUGGGAUUGAGUAACGAUUAUGCUCGUCCCGAGUGGAUGAUUAUCACAGUCCUCCCGGUUCCCCCCCCUCCGGUCCGCCCCAGUGUGCUUGUCGGUGGCAGCACCAGUGGCCAGCGCGGUGAGGAUGAUUUGACUUACAAGCUUGCUGAAAUCGUCCGAGCAAACCAGAACGUGCAACGUUGUGAGCAGGAAGGUGCGCCCGAGCACGUUGUGCGCGAGUUCGAGUCUCUCUUGCAGUAUCAUGUCGCCACCUACAUGGACAACGACAUUGCCGGUCAGCCGAAGGCCAUGCAGAAGUCUAAUCGUCCAGUCAAGGCUAUCCGCAGUCGUCUCAAGGGUAAAGAAGGUCGUCUGAGACAGAACUUGAUGGGAAAGCGUGUCGAUUUCUCUGCCCGUACCGUCAUCACGGGUGAUCCUAACCUGUCUCUCGAGGAGGUCGGUGUCCCCAAGAGUAUCGCGAGGACUUUGACUUACCCGGAGGUCGUCACGCCAUACAACAUUGAGAAGCUGCAGCAGCUUGUACAGAACGGCCCGAACGAGCACCCAGGAGCCAGGUACAUCGUCAGAGACAAUGGCGAACGUAUCGAUCUUCGUCAUGCUCGGAGAGCGGGAGGACAGCAGCUAUUGUAUGGAUGGAAGGUGGAACGUCAUCUCAUGGAUGGUGAUGUGAUUCUCUUCAACCGUCAACCCUCCCUGCACAAGGAAUCCAUGAUGGGUCACCGCGUUCGCGUCAUGCCCUAUUCGACUUUCCGUAUGAACCUGUCUGUGACAUCCCCUUACAACGCCGAUUUUGAUGGUGAUGAAAUGAACUUGCACGUACCUCAGUCCGAGGAAUCCCGCGCCGAGCUCAGCCAGCUUGCACUAGUUCCCAUGAACAUCGUCUCUCCCCAGCGAAACGGUCCGCUCAUGGGUAUCGUGCAGGAUACUCUUUGCGGUAUUUACAAGAUUUGCCGACGUGAUGUCUUCUUGACGAAGGAUCAGGUCAUGAAUUUGAUGAUGUGGGUUCCCGACUGGGAUGGCGUUAUUCCUCCACCAGCUAUCCUGAAACCCAGACCCCGGUGGACUGGAAAGCAGAUGAUAAGUAUGGCUUUGCCUCCUGGCCUGAACCUCCUGCGUGUGGACAAGGAUAGCUCGCCGCUGUCCGAGAAGUUUUCUCCCCUGGCUGAUGGCGGUCUCCUUAUCCAUGGGGGACAGUUGAUGUAUGGUAUGUUUUCCAAGAAGACUGUCGGAGCCAGCGGUGGUGGUGUUAUCCACACCAUCUUCAACGAGUACGGGCCUUGGGCUGCGGUGGGUUUCUUCAACGGUGCUCAAAGAAUCGUUAACUAUUGGUUGCUUCACAACGGUUUCAGUAUCGGUAUUGGUGAUACUAUCCCUGACGAGCUCACAAUCCAGCGGAUCGAGAACUGUGUGAAAAUCCGGAAGAAGGAGGUUGAGGAGAUCACUGCUAGCGCCACGGACAACACGCUUGAGCCUCUACCCGGUAUGAACGUUCGUGAGACUUUCGAAAGUAAGGUCUCACGUGCACUCAACAAUGCUCGUGAUGAAGCUGGUAGCGAGACGGAGAAGAGUUUGAAGGAUUUGAACAAUGCCAUUCAGAUGGCACGUUCCGGUUCCAAGGGUUCAACCAUUAACAUCUCUCAGAUGACAGCAGUCGUGGGACAGCAGUCCGUCGAGGGUAAGCGUAUUCCUUUCGGAUUCAAGUAUCGGACUUUGCCACACUUCACGAAGGAUGACUAUUCGCCCGAGUCUCGUGGUUUCGUUGAGAACUCGUACCUGCGUGGUUUGACUCCGACCGAGUUCUUCUUCCACGCUAUGGCUGGUCGUGAGGGUCUUAUCGAUACCGCUGUCAAGACUGCUGAAACUGGUUAUAUUCAGCGUAAGCUGGUUAAGGCUCUUGAAGAAGUCAUGGUCAAAUACGAUGGCACAGUCCGUAACUCUCUGGGUGACAUUAUCCAGUUCAUCUAUGGAGAGGAUGGUCUCGAUGGUGCUCACAUCGAGAACCAGCGUGUCGAUGUCAUCAGGUGCUCAGAUGACAAGUUCCGCGACCGUUUCCGUGUGGAUCUCAUGGACCCUGAGCGGACUCUGGGACCGGAGGUUUUGGAACAAGCCAAUGAGAUUGCGGGUGAUGUCGAAAUCCAGAGACAUCUGGAUGAGGAAUGGGAACAGCUUCUUAAGGACCGUGCGUUCUUGCGGACUGUGGCCAAGGAAGAUGAUGAGAUGAUGCAACUUCCGAUCAACGUGCUGCGUAUUCUGGAGACGGCCAGAUCUACUUUCAAGAUCCGUGAUGGAGCCAUCAGUGAUCUGCACCCCGCAGAAGUCAUUCCUCAGGUUCGCGCUCUUCUGGACCGUCUUUUGGUCGUGCGCGGUGACGAUGUGAUCUCGCGCGAGGCCCAAGAGAGUGCCACUAUGCUCUUCAAGGCUCAACUGCGCAGUCGUCUCGCAUUCAGGAGAUUGGUUACCGAGUAUUCUUUGAACAAACUCGCAUUCCAGCACGUCAUUGGAGCUAUCGAGAUGCGGUUCGCCAAGGCUGGUGCCAACCCCGGUGAAAUGGUCGGUGUGCUUGCGGCUCAGUCUAUCGGUGAGCCUGCCACUCAGAUGACUUUGAACACCUUCCACUUUGCUGGUGUUUCGUCCAAGAACGUUACCCUGGGUGUUCCGCGUUUGAAGGAAAUUUUGAACGUCGCCACCAACAUCAAGACACCUUCCAUGACGGUCUACCAAGAGGCUGGAAACUCCUUCAACAAGGAGAGUGCCAAGCAGCUUCGUAGCGCUGUCGAACACACCAGUCUGCGGUCCGUCACUGAGGCUACUGAGAUCUACUAUGAUCCGGAUAUCCAAACCACUGUCAUUGAAAACGAUAGGGAUAUGGUGGAGUCCUACUUCAUCAUUCCCGAGGAUGUCACGGAUGAUUCGUCUCGCCAGUCCAAGUGGUUGCUUCGUAUCAUUCUCAGUCGCCCGAAGCUUCUUGAUAAGGGACUUACUGUGCAGGACGUUGCGUCCCGGAUCAAGGCCGCUUACCCCAAGGAUAUCGCUGUUCUCUUCAGUGACAAUAACGCCGAUGAGCAGGUCAUCCGUAUCCGUCAAAUUCAGGAUUACAAGGAAGAUGAGGAGGAUGAUGACAUUGAAUACGAUGUCACGCUAAAGAAGCUUGAGCAGCAUCUUCUGGAUACCUUGACCCUCCGUGGUGUUCCUGGAGUCGACCGAGCGUUUAUUAAUGAGAAGAGCAAGGUGCGAGUCCUCGAGGACGGCUCGCUUUUCGCUAGCAAGUCCGAUCCCCUCUGUAAGGAAUGGGUCCUUGAAACCAGUGGCUCGUCGCUUGGUGAGGUCCUGGCUAUUCCAGGUGUUGAUGCCUCUCGCACAUACUCCAACCAGUUUAUUGAGGUCUUUGAGGUGUUUGGUAUUGAGGCUGCUCGUACCGCCGUGCUCCGUGAAUUGACUCAGGUGUUGGCGUUCGACGGUUCCUAUGUCAACCACCGUCACUUGGCUCUGCUGGUCGAUGUGAUGACCGUCCGUGGUUAUCUGACUCCAGUUACCCGCCACGGUAUCAACCGUGCUGACAACGGUGCUCUGAUGCGUUGUUCGUUCGAAGAAACUGUGGAAAUCCUGCUCGAGGCCGCCGCUUUUGGUGAGCUCGACGACUGCCGUGGUGUGUCAGAGAACUUGAUUCUGGGACAGAUGGCACCUGCUGGUACUGGCGAGUUCGACGUCUACCUUGACCAAAACCUCAUGAAUACCGUCGUCUCGAACAAUGCCCGCUAUGCUGUCAUGGGUGCCAUUGGUGCGAAGGACGCGAUCAUCAACGAUGGCGCUGCCACGCAGUAUGACACUGGCUCGCCUAUGCAGGAGAGCGCGUACAUUGGCUCGCCCGAUCCUGAGUCGAACUUCUCCCCGAUCCGGCAGGCAGGCGCUGAAACUCCUGGUGGCUUCACCGAGUAUCAGCCCAGCGGCGGCUUCGGGGGCGGAUUCAGCCCGGCCGCCACGAGCCCUGUUGGCUAUUCCCCCAGCAGCCCGUUCAGCGCGAACCCCACGUCACCUGGUUACUCUCCGACGUCGAGCUAUUCGCCUACCUCACCAGGUAUGGCUAUCACCAGCCCUCGCUUCAUGACAUCGCCUGGUUUCUCGCCGGCCAGUCCGUCGUUUGCCCCGACUUCUCCGGCGUACUCUCCUACGUCGCCGGCAUAUGGACAAGCUUCUCCGACGUCGCCUUCGUACUCGCCCACCUCGCCUGGGUUCUCGCCGACGUCGCCGAACUACAGCCCUACGUCUCCCAGCUUCAGUCCAGCGUCGCCCGCGUUCAGUCCCACAUCUCCAAGCUACAGCCCAACCAGUCCUGCUGUUGGUGGUGCCCGACACCUGUCUCCCACCUCUCCCACCUCGCCAAAGUACACUCCGACAUCGCCUGGAUGGUCUCCCACGAGUCCUCAGACAUACUCCCCGACAUCUCCUAACUUUGCCGGCUCGCCGACGUCCCCCGGUGGACCUACGUCCCCAGGUUACAGCCCGACGUCGCCGGCUUUCAGCCCUACGUCUCCACGCCAGUGA